AUGGCUAUGCAGAGGUGGGUACGUAAUCAGGAUGAGGCGGCUGCACAAGCACCAUAUGAACCUACAAUCAGUGGAUCAAUUAAUAAUCAAACAUGUAUGUCCAGAUGGCUGUCUGCCAACGAUGAUAACGAGAAGUAUGGUAAUCUUAAAGGUGAAGAGGUCAAGAGUUCGAAAGAAGUGGUAAAAGUUGUAGCAAGACCCUAUCACGCCAAUGCAACAACAUCAGUUAUUAUAACUAAUGUUAAACGGCUAGAUAUUUUGCAGGAAAGUUUGAGCAAAUCGAAAAAAACUAUUGCUGAAGUUUGCUAA